CUUAUUCUUCCGAGAAUCGGCUUGGCAAUAUCCCGUUAUUGAAGUCUGUGCUAAACUCAAGCGUGACCACGACUCGUUAUUGAUUUGACCAUAAUGAUAACAAUCGGCCCGCGACCUUCAAGGACGAGUUGAUGCUGUCGAGAUGUUCGGUCAGCAACCGGUACCACAUACGCGUCCAGAAAGGCCUGAAUCUGUACAGUACGGGUCUCAGGCCCGAAAGUAUCGAUCCAAGCGGCAAAGGCCCUGUGACUUAUGCCGUCAAAGGAAGACCCAAUGCAAGAUUCCCGACAAUGGUGGGGCUUGUGAACUUUGCGCCAAACUUGGUCGUGGUUGUACAUUUGUCCUGCAGCCCCUGAGGAAGGAAAGAUGGCGACCUCAAGACGGUCAGUCGAAUUCGCCACAGGAACAAUGGAGUCCUCCUGGACAUCAAUCACAUUCCGCACAACAACGAUGGCGUCUCCCGGAGACUCCAUCAAAUUCAGCGCAGCAUCGCGGCACUCAAUCUGACACGACCGCAUACAAUGGCGACCCCAUGGCCAUCGAUGUCGGCACUUUCGAGACAGCCGACUUGCAACUCGAUAUCGAUGUUGAUUCGCAGACGAUGCCGCUGGUGUCUGACCAGCUGUCGUUCUUGGGUCAGCAGUCUGGCCCACAAGCCGGCGCUAUAGAUUGGUCGUACCUCAAUUUUCCCAUCACUCCCCUGGGUAAUGACUUUGACUUUCCAACCCGAAUAUCGGCAGCUAGUGAUGGCUCACCUCAAGCGUUUCGGUCUGAACUCAUCUCGCCAGGUGCGGGUCCAGGUCUACCAAAUCAGCGACACGAGCAGCACCAGGAUUCUGUCAAUGGCACGUACUCGAUUGAUGCGAUUGGCACCCACCCUGGUGAUGAAGUUGAAGAUUCAGCAUCACUGCGAGACGACGUCUCCGAAGGACUCCCACCAGACAAACAGGAGGCGCCAAGGGACCACGAGUGGUCCGACGAAUACUCUCUUGACGAACGUCCGGGCUAUUCGUUCCAGCUCAUCGGUAUGUCGGGUGAGACUGAUCCAUUUCUUCUACGUCAUUAUCAGUAUGAUACACGAGACACGUUUCGGAUGUUUGGACUUGAUUUCCGUAAGGUUGUAGACGACAUGAACAUGCCUGGGCCUGCAGUCUCGUCCCAAACAUCACAGAUCCCCGCUGGUGACAUACCAAUCCAAUUCGUCAUGACCAAUGAGGAGAUAUGCGAAGAGGACGUCAAAAUCAUCGACAAGGACUUUUCAGGCUUUGGUACUGAAGCUGAAGACCAUGAUUUGCUGUACAAGUUGGUCCCUGUUGACUUGGGCUCAAGACUCCUGAAACUGUUUUUCAAAUUCAUUCAACCAUCGUAUCCUGUCCUCUCAUCCCAUGAUCACAAUGGCGAAUAUCGAGGGUGCAACUGUACGACCGGCUUGAGAGCAGCCGUGUACGCGUUAGCCGCGCCUUACUACUUCCUGGAUGACUAUCUAUCCGUCGACAGAGGGUAUCAGCAACCUUCCACAGAGGAACUUUGGGGCAUUGCCCAUCGUGGCCUGCAUCGAGAUUCCCGAAAGUCUCACUUAGGGCUUGUACAGCUUAGCCUUCUUCUUUUGCAUCGGCCACCGCAGAAUUAUGCCGUCGCCGAUAUCCCAUGCUCGUGGGCUCUGGCGUGCUCCGUUCUUGCUGACGCAGAGACUCUCGGACUGAAUCUGGACCCUUCAGAUUGGAAGCUGCCAUCACAUGAAAUCAGGUUACGGAAGAGGCUGUGGUGGCUUGUUCACAUUGAACAUACCUGGCGCGCACUGGUACUCGGGCGGCCUUCUCAUAUCGGCGAUUCAAACUGGGAUGUCUCUGAAUUGACUGGAGACGAUUUCGACCUGGAUGACUUUGCGGAUGCGGAAGCUCGCAGUGCCAUCAGAGCACAGUGUCCUUACUUUAUGGCUCUAUGCAGCCUGAGUACAAUUGCCAGCCAGGUGCUUGAUGCUCUUUACUCCAUCAAGUCGAUUCGUCAGGCUACAAGCCUCGAAGCUCUUCUUGUCCGUGCACAGCCAUUGAGGAUGCGGAUUCAACAAUGGCGACAAAAGCUGCCCCCAGAUGUGUUGAAGCCCACCAAAGAAUUAAUGGAGGAGGACGGUCUCGACAAUUGCGGUCCACUGCGUCUGACAUACUUGACGCUGGAAUUACUGGUCUUCCGAGCACUCCUACGUCCGCUGGCUUUCCCACCCGGAACUAGUGAGGAGGUAAUUUCAGAACCACGAUCUACCAUCUUCCAAAACAGUCAGUCAUGCGCCAAACUGGUUCUGGAAUUGGUUGCCGCUCUCAAAGCGAACCACUUUGUCAAUUUCUGGCCGUCAUAUACCCGAUAUCAGUUAUCGUACAUGACGAAUUUUGCCUUGCUUCUCUUUGUGCAGUCGCCGUCGAUGGCUGCGGCCAAAGAGAACAAGCUCCUUUUGGAUAAAUGGCGAGGCACAGUCCGGAUGCAGUCACGAGCCUGGCCUGUCCUCAGGCUGGCAGCUAUGAGACUCGAUGCCGUGGUGUGGAAGGGACUAGACCACAUUGUGAGCUGGGCUGGCAAGGACAGUCCAGCGGAAAUACUGCUAAGGAAGCCUGCCUAGCAUAUACUCCAGUUUCCGGCAUCUCUAAGGCACUUGGUUGCCUAAAAGAAAUGACUGGAGUUAGCCUCAUAGAAUUCAGGGCCUCCAACUUAUCAACGUUGAGCGCCACGAUGUUCUGCCCACACACCACAGAUAUACAAUAAGUAACCGCGUCCGGUCGAAGUUGACAAUCUUUUGGCGUCCACUGC